CCACCUGCAGCACCUGCUCCUGCGGCACCCCCACCUGUGGCACAUCCACCCGCUGCGCCUCCACCUUGUGUGUACCCAGCUGUGGCGCCUCCACCUCCAGGACGACCCCCACCUGCAGCAUUUCCACCUGCUGCACCCCCACCUGUGGCACCCCACCUUCAGCGCCUCCACCAUGAAGAGACGGGAUGCAGCAGCUGAUGCAGCUUCAUGCUGCCUUUGACCAGCAGCUGUUGCUUCGUGGAUGCAGCAGAAAGGUCGGGAAUCAAACAUCUGUCAUGGCCACUGGGUUUGCCCUCCUUCUUAUGAAGGUGUGCUCUUCACCCUCGCUUGCAUCCGCCGAGUUUCUGGCUGUUUCCUGUUUCUCACUGACGUAAAGACUCAGGAAUCAGGGAACUGAACCCACCUGUCUCAGGGUUCAUCUUCUUUGAUUCCUUCAUACUUUGUGCUCCACAGAAUGUAAGAGCUGCUGCCUUUUACAGACCCCGCCCCCUUUUUGUGUGUCUUCGCCUCUUACCUGCAGCUAGCUCCGCCCACGUGAUUGUCAGUCAACUGGCUUCAGUAUUGUGCUGCACAGAACCAGAGGACUGGUGCAUGGUUCGGAUUAGAGUCUAAAGCUGGAAGUUUGUUCCGACGUCUGAAGGAUUUCUCCUGGUUUGACCUUUCUGUAACCUGUAAGACUGAACUGGUGGAUCUUGAGCAGCUCAAUGCUAACGGAUGUGAUGACUGCACUGGUCCACUGACCAAUCAGCGGACAGGAACUGAAUGUUUUUAGUUUUUUUUUUUUUUCCUUUCACUGCUGUGUUUUAACAUGUGGCGCCCUCUUGUGGUGUGUUUGUCGCCCCCGCAUGAAUACUUGAACCACAGGUCUCCACAAUCAAACCCCUCUGGGUUGCAGAAGCAGCAGCUUCUUUCCCAGAAGUCUUUGGGGUUUCAUGCAGGGGUGUGAAGGCCUCCGGCUGGAGCACAGCUAAAGGAACCCAGGAUUCCAAGUUGACCCAGUUUUGGUUGGUGCUGAUUCAGGGUUAAAGGGCGCCUGUACAUCUGUGUUCACGCUCCGGUUGAUAAUCUGAACCCUAAAGGCCUGACGUUGAGAAACAGUAAAACUUUUUGAGACUUAAAGGAAAUCUACAGAAAAAGAUUGAAAGUUAAAUCCAUAUUUUCAGAAUAAAUUCCGACCUUUCCUCUGGAGGGUCAUAAAAUGUGGGCAGUUCUCCUGAACGGGUCCAAAGUUGAAGGAGGAGACUGGCGGACUGAAAACAGUCGCUUCCUUUUUUUGUCAGAAAAACUUGGAUCAAUCAUGACUUUGACGGAAACUAGUAUCAAGAAAAUGCUUCCUACGACGUACGUCCGCAGUUUUGUGGCUCAUGAAAUAUUUGUGGCGACGACGUACUUCAAAAACCUGAAGCCUGCCAUGGACCGAUAUGUUUUCAGAGACGGGACAGCAAAGACCCUGAUGAGUCUGACGGGAACCAUACCUGUGACGUUUUCAGGCAACCUCUACAACAUCCCGGUGUGCGUUUGGAUCAAGGAGCGCUACCCCCAAGCUGCCCCCAUCUGCUACGUCAAACCCACACCUGAGAUGAUGAUGGUCCGGAGGGGGUUUCUGUCCGGCGACGGUCAGGUCAUUCUGCCUUACCUGAAAGAAUGGAAAAAGGGCGACUGUGACCUCAUCGGCCUCCUGCAGGUGAUGGUGGCGGUUUUUGGAGAGUUCCCUCCCGUGUCCAUGCGGCCCUUUCCAGAGAAGGAGCAAGGCACAUGCCGGUUACACACGGGACCAGAUGGGAAUUCUGUUCUGCUUUUACCCUCAGGAGAUGGUCAACCUCUCCAACGGGGAAAUGAAACCAACUGUUGAAGGUUUUGGAUUAUUUUCUCUCCUGUACUGAUGGCAUCCAUCCCCUCCGAAUAGAAAAACAACUCUAUAAAUAUAUGUGAAUAAUGAUCAUGUUUGUUCUGGGAAACCUUCACCUGCUGAGUGUUUUUGUUUUGGGAUGUUUCCAUGAGCAGAAACAGCUGAUCUGUUUAACUAAAUAAAAUAAAGGAGUUCCUUUAAAAAACUUAUUUAACUCUCAUUUCAAACAGCUGGAUUAUGUUUCUGAUGAAUGUGUAAAUAAAGCUGUAUUUGUCCAACAUGAGCGAUUCUGUUAUUACAUCAGAACACCUGAACGACACCUGAGAUCAGAAAAAAAUAAAAUAAAA